UGCCCAAAGGCACCGGUGUUUCGGUUUAACAGGCGACCGUGUUAACUUGCGACUUUCAUCCGAACGUCUGUUGUACUUACGACAGCUGUUGGAAAUAGGAAAAUAACAUGUAACUGUCCUCGUGAAUGCCGCAUUGUAGCAUGUUUCAAACAAUCUCAUAUAUAUCGUAUGUAUCGAAUGCAAAUUAAACUAUUCGGCGUUCACGAGGAUAGAGAACAUAUUCUCUUCCUAUUUCCAACAGCUUUCGUAAAUACGACAACAACAGACGCGUUCGGCUGAAAGUCGCCAGGUAACAGGGUCGCUUGUUAAACCGUAACAUCGGGAAGUUAGCUAACCUAAGUCUCAAAGUGCAAGAAGUUUCAACAUUCAGGGGAUCUGUUUGAGUUUAAUGGGCAACGCCAGAUGAACCACCAUUGCCAACAAUAGAAGUUGCUGAUAUUCUACCCACAGUCGCGAGGCAUUGCCGUUAAUGUGUCUCCGUCUGGUGCAACUCGGUCUCAGCUAAGUAGAACAAGUUGUUCUUGUUUGAUUUCACCAUGGAUGCGUUUCUCAAACUCACGAGCCAAAGCCAAGGAAGGGACCGUAUAUUCCGGGCAACCCAAUAUGCAUCUGCACUGUCGAUAUAUUUACUACGAAACAACUCCGAAAGAAAGGACCUUGUGGCGAAACUUAAAAGUCUGGAAACCAACAUGAGCGCUGGACGAAAGCUGCUCAGGCUGGGAAACGCAAUAAAUUCUAUUGAGGCUUCUAAGCGAACCAUGCAGCUCUCUGACCGAGUGCUGAGCCUGUGCCUUACGGUGGCCAACAUCAACCGCGCCCUCUACUUUAUCUGUGACAAUGUACUUUGGGCCAGAAGUGUCGGUCUCAUCCGUGAUGUCGACAAGGAACGCUGGAGCCUAAAUUCCUCUCGCUGCUACUUCCUCUCGCUAGUUAUGAGUCUGACCAGAGAUGUUUAUGUAGUCCUCCAGUUAAUGACACACAGGGCACGAGAUAAACACUUUAAGCAGAAAAUGGAGGAGCAUCUCAGUGAAAGUCCUGAAGUAGCUGAAGCUGUCGUUCCUCAGUUGGAUGCGUUUAUCUUUCUGUUGUUUGAGAGCUUCAAAUCGCAUCCUGCUGUUGCCUUGGACAUGCUGAAAAAUAUAUGUGACCUCUUUAUUCCCCUAGACAGGUUGGGUAUAUAUCAAUCCAAUGCAGGAGUGGUGGGAUUGUGUGGUUUGAUGUCCUCAGUGAUUGGGCUUGUAACCCUGGUGCAGCCCAAGUUAACACUUAAACCAUGAUAACAAGGGGGGAAUCAAACCUUACUAACUAACUCCAGAGCAAAAGUUUUAUUUAAAAGGAUUUAGUGUCAUUUCAACCUGGUGCACAAUGAGAUUAGGCAACAUUUAUGUUAGAAUAGCUGAAGGGAUGACUGGAUAUGAUUGUUUUGUAAAAGAUGUUUUGAUUGAUUGCACUGAUUUAUAUCAUACUUUUGGGAGACGCAAUGAUUUAACAUUGAAUUGGCCAGUUAAAGUUAAAAACACUGAUUUAAAAGGAAGCAAAUCAAGGUUACCUGGAAGCCUUGUUAAAGUUUUGUAAUUCAAAAGAGCCACGGCUAAACCGGUGUCCAAUCCUGUCUUUUUCAACAUCACAUUUAACACCGGCAGUCGUCUAACUACUUUACUUAUAUUAUAAGGGCUCCUUACUGAUGCUGAUUUUUGUAUUUGUCUUUGUACAUCUCUUUCACUGCACUCUGUUUUGUGAUGAGAUGCUGUUUUACCUCAAUGAUUCAAGCGAUGAACAAGCUGCUUCUCAGCCAAAAGGGCUUCCAGGGGGAAAAAGCAGCAGAGAGAUUUUUUGGGAAGAGUAUUUUGACUUCCCAAAAGUAUUUUGACUUUGACAUGUCACUAAUAAAACAAUCCAUGACUCUGUUCUAUCAAAGUGUCCCAGUAAGAGUGACUGUGUGCCAGCAUGCACUAGACCAUGAGCCUGAAAUCCAAACUGCUAAAUGAAAUCCAGCCAUCAUUCAUUUCUAUAUUUAGACAUGUGCUUUUCCUACUGUGACCAAUUAAAAUGUUGUGUGUGGAAAAUG